AGGCAAACCCAUUAAUCCAGAAGAGCAUUGCGGGGCUCCGAGGGACGGAGAAGAGGGAGAGAGUGUCCUCGGUGUGAUGAUCAUCAAAGAAAUGGUGUUUUGUGAAACUGAGGCAGCGGCGUACCUGUUCCGUUUCGCGCCCCGAGCGGCGGCGCAGCCAACGGGCCGGCCGGAGGUGUUCGCCAGGCCGCCUCUGGCGUCAGCGAUGGCGCUCCCCCUCCUGGUCCUCUGGCUCCUCUCCGCCGGCGUCUCCGGCCGCCUCACGCAGCCUCUGCCGAGAGUCUUCCUCUCCUUCGAAGACCUGCAGGCCUCCCAGUCCUUUGAACACUACAGCAUAUCAGACAAGGCCAUGGACUACAGGAUCCUGCAGAUGGACGAGGACCAGGACAGGAUGUACGUGGGCUGCAAGGACCACGUGCUCUCGGUGGACAUCAACAACAUCACCCAUGGCACACUCAAGGUGUCUUGGCCGGCGUCGACCAGCAAGAUAGAAGAAUGCCAAAUGGCCGGCAAGGACCCUACGCACGGCUGCGGGAACUUCAUCCGGGUGGUGCAACCGUACAACAGAACUCACCUGUUCAUGUGCGGCAGCGGAGCGUACAGUCCCGUCUGCGUGUACGUCAACAGGGGCCGGAGACCAGAGGAACAAGUAUUUCACAUCGACUCCAGGACGGAAUCCGGAAAAGGGAGGUGCUCCUUCAACCCGCAAGUGAAUACGGUGUCCGUCAUGCUCAACCAGGAGCUGUUCUCAGGCAUGUACAUUGACUUCAUGGGGACAGAUGCUGCCAUCUUCAGGAGCCUGACCAGGCGGAACGCAGUGCGGACCGACCAGCACAACUCCAAGUGGCUCAGCGAGCCAAUCUUCAUCGACGCCCACCUGAUACCAGACGGGACGGACCCCAACGACGCCAAAUUGUACUUCUUCUUCCGCGAGCGGCUGACGGAUAACAACGGGAACACUAAGAACAUCCACACCAUGGUGGCCAGAGUGUGUCCCAGUGACAUCGGCGGACAGCGGAGCCUGGUGAACAAAUGGACGACCUUCCUCAAAGCCAGGAUGGUGUGUUCGGUGCUGGAGGAGGACGGCACCGAGACGCACUUUGACGAACUCGAAAAUGUGUUUUUGCUGGAAACCGAUCAGCCCAAGAGUCUGCUGGUGUUCGGAGUCUUCACGUCCACAAGCUCGGUGUUUAAGGGCUCGGCGGUGUGCGUGUACAACAUGGCGGACAUCCUCACCGUCUUCAAUGGGCCCUUCGCUCACAGAGACGGGCCCAACUUCCAGUGGGUGGCGUUCCAGGGGCGCAUCCCUUACCCACGGCCUGGAACCUGCCCCGGCGGAGCCUUUACGCCCGACAUCCAGACAACCAAGGAGUUCCCAGACGACGUGGUGACCUUCGUACGGAACCAUCCGGUUAUGUUCAACCCCAUCUACCCGGUGGGGAGGAGACCCCUGGUGGUCCGUACCAACGCUAACUACAAAUACACGUCGGUGGCCGUGGACCAGGUCAUGGCUUCCGAUGGCAAUUACCAAGUUCUCUUCCUGGGCACAGACAGAGGCACAAUACAGAAGGUGAUCGUCCUGCCAACCAACCAUUCCCUGCAUGAAGAUCUGAUCCUGGAGGAGCUGGAAGUGUUUAAGAACCAGGCUCCUGUUACAAACUUGAGAAUAUCCCCCAAAAAACAACAGCUGUACGUCAGCUCGGAGUUCGGGGUCUCGCAGGUCUCCCUGCACCGCUGCCACGCGUACGGCUCGGCCUGCGCCGACUGCUGCCUGGCCCGGGACCCCUACUGCGCCUGGGACGGACUCAGCUGCUCCCGCUUCUAUCCCACCAGCAAAAGGAGAAGCAGGAGGCAGGACAUUAUGCAUGGAAAUCCACUCACUCAGUGCCGAGGAUUCAAUCUGAAAGCCUACAGAAACGCAGUGGAGAUGACGCAGUAUGGCGUGAAGAACAACACCACCUUCCUGGAGUGCAUGCCCAAGUCCCCGCAGGCCUCGAUUCGGUGGCUCAUUCAGCGAGACAACGACCGGAGGAAAGAGGUGAAGCUGAGCGACCGCGUCGUCUCCACGCCGCACGGCCUCCUGGUCCGCUCCAUCCAGCCGUCCGACCAGGGCCUCUACUACUGCCUGACCACGGAAAACGGCUUCAAGCGCACCGUCGCCAAGAUCCGCCUGAGCGUGCUGAGCGAGGCCAUGGUGAGCGUGCUGACCGACAAGCAGCAGUCCCCGUGGGCGUGGGCCAGCUCGCUGCACCCCAAGGCCCUACUGGCGGCCUUCAGCCCGGCGGAGAGCCUGGCUGUGCAGCAAUACUGCAAGGAGAGGAAGGAGCUCCAGAACCUCCAGCAGAGGCAGCAGCAGCAGCAGCAGCAGCAGCAGCAGCAGCAGCAGCAGCAGCAGCAGCCGCCGCCCCCCGGACCUCUCAGGGGGGAUCUGGCCAAACUGAAGCCCCUGCUGGAUCACAGGAAGAGCCGCAACCGGCGCAAUCACCUCCCAGGGGUCUGACUCCGGGAGGGAGCUGGCGGCGCCACACACUGACAUGCGAAGCCUUCCUCUAAUCCUGUAUCCCACCAGGCGGUUCACAAUAUUCCUCAUUCUCCCCCCCCCCCCCCCCCCCCCCACUCUCAUCUCCAAAACUGCAGAGCUGCACUGCGGAUGUACAGGAGGACGAGGAGGUGCGGGGCUCGGGGAGAUCUUCAUCGACGGUGUCUGUUACUCGAAAGUACUGUGAUCGGGUGGCUGCGACACACACCGAUACACGUGCACGCGCAAGCCACUCGAACCGUUGUCGCCGUCACGACGACAAAGUGAAGUGGCCCCUGCUAUGAAAACCACUGAUGAACCCUGAUGAGCUGAUAUGUUUAUUGUGACGAAACACCUUGAGGCAGAACCUUAUCACAUGUGAAACAUCAGAGGGGAAAUUGGACCGGCUCGAUAUUAUAGGAGGACAUUGAAAAGGGACAAAGGUGGGACGGAUGCAUGUUUGACAGCGAGUGCUCGCUCCCUGUACGCUAAGUAUUACAGUAGUAUUUUUCACUAGAUUCUACUCACGUUUGAAUUUGUACUUUUUUCGACUAACAAAAUUCUCUAUUCAGUUAAAAAACGACAGGGCUCUGUGAAUGUAUCAAAGACCAAACUCCACAUUCUGCGCUGAUCUGAAUCCAAAACAGAAAUGCCAGUACUACGACACCGACUGGAGUACGUGUGAGUUGUUGCGCACACCUCACAAUAUCCGUCCUGUAUUCAUCUAUUACUCAGACGUACAAAGGAAUGUGCCUCCAUGUAAUUCAGCUGCAUACUGUAUCUGUAUUCUCUCUCUCAGUGCACCAUUUGACGGAGCCAAUUAAGCAUGAGCGUAUUUACGAAAAAAUGUCACUUUUAUCCCUUUUCAUCUUUGCCUGGAUUCCAUUUUUAAGCAACCGAACGAACGGGUUUGCACAUUGUAGUCGUCGCCUUCAGCGUUGUGAUUAAGUGUAAUGCCUGCAAACACAGUCCACGAUGACAGUUUCCUCCUUCGGAGCCACAUUUUUUUCUACAGACUACACAGCAGAGUGGACUUUUAAUUCUGCUGUCGGUUAUAGCUGUGAUAUCGACCAUAUGACACAUUUUAGAAGCGUAGUCAAUGUACUGUACAGUAGAUAUAGAUUAUGUGUUGCUCGUGUACAGAGUUUUGUUUUCGUUCGUUUCAUCCUGUUAAUUUAAUGUGCAGAGUUUUGCGAGAGAAAAAAGUUGUUUCACCGUGUACAUAAAUUUCGACACAUUUCGCCCACUAACUCCGACUGUAUCUGCGAAUUGUGGAGGAAAUACAGUAUUAUUUUUCAUUCUGCGAAAAAGACUUUCUAUCGCACGGAUCUCUGCUCCGCGUUGAACCAACGUCAUCACGCCGACUUCAGCUCAGUGUAACGUCAGUGUUGCGAUGUGUGUUUCUAUUUAUGAAUGUCAUGAUAGCCUGAAUAAAUAUGUUCAGAAUAA